AUGGGUGACGAAAAACAGGUGGCUCCACCACCACCAGACUCGGUCACCACGGCCGGUGUCAACGAUGCACACGAGGGCACGUCGUCCGACUCUGGCACGUUUGCCGGCGACGACGCCCGCCUCGACCUCGGUAUCGAUGGCAAGCCCAGUCGCUCAGAGACGUCGUCGUUUGUCGGCGAGCUCGGCCACGGUGGCGUGUCCGUCCACCGUGCAAAGGCCGAGUUUGCUGCCCUCGAGCGCCGCUACUCGACCCUCUCGCAGAACUCGAACGAGCUCAAGCGCACCACCACUGGCCGCUCUAUCCGCUCGGCCUUUGGCGCCAACCCCCAGCGCACAAAGACCACUGACACCACUGCCGCUGCGUCCGACGCUGAAAAGGGCCAGAACACCGAGGAGGAGUUCAACCUUUCCGCGGAGCUUCGUGCCGGCCGCGAUGCGUCCAACGAGGCUGGCAUCAAGCACAAGAAUGUUGGUGUCGUCUGGGAGGACCUCGAGGUCAUUGGCGCCGGUGGCAUGAAGAUGAACAUUCGCAACUUCUCCAACGCCGUCAUUGAGCAGUUCAUGAUGCCAGUCAUCCAGGUCAUGGGCCUCUUUGGUUUCAACCCGUUCGCGCCCAAGCCCAAGACGAUCCUCUUCCCCAACUCGGGCGUCCUCAAGCCCGGAGAGAUGUGUCUCGUCCUCGGUCGCCCCGGCGCCGGCUGCUCCACCUUCCUCAAGACCAUCGCCAACCAGCGUGACGGGUUCCUCGAGGUCAAGGGCAACGUCGAGUACGCCGGUGUCGGCGCCAAGGAGAUGCACAAGCUCUACGCUGGCGAGGUCCUUUACAACCAGGAGGACGACGACCAUCUCCCUACCCUGACUGUGGCGCAAACCCUCCGCUUCGCACUCCAGCUCAAGAGCCCCAAGAAGCGCAUCCCCGGCGUCUCGGUUCAGCAGUGGCGCGAGGACCUCCUCAACCUCCUCCUGUCCAUGCUCAACAUCAAGCACACUGCCAACACCAUCGUCGGCAACGCCUUUGUCCGUGGUGUGUCGGGUGGUGAGCGUAAGCGUGUCUCCAUUGCCGAGCAGUUCUGUUCCGGCGCCGUCCUCUCUUCGUGGGACAACUCGACCCGUGGUCUCGAUGCGUCCACUGCGCUCGACUACGCCAAGUCGCUCCGCCUCCUCACCGACAUUAUGCAGCAGACGACCUUUGUCUCGCUCUACCAGGCCGGUGAGGGUAUUUACGACCAGUUCGACAAGGUGCUCGUCCUCAGCGAGGGCAACGUCGUCUACUUUGGCCCCGCCAAGGAGGCACGCGCCUACAUGGUCGGCCUCGGCUACCUCGACCUCCCCCGUCAGACGACGGCCGACUACCUCUCGGGCUGCACCGACCCCAACGAGCGCCGCUUCCAGGAGGGCCGCGACGAGUCCAACGUCCCCUCGACCCCUACGCAGAUGGCCGAAGCCUUUGUCGCCUCGGACAUCAACCACCGCAUGAUGGAGGAGAAGAACGCUUACAAGGCCAAGAUGGAGCACGACGAGCACGACCGCGAGCAGUUCCGCCAGGCCGUCAUCGAGCAGAAGCACCGCGGCGUCCCCAAGAACUCGCCCUACACUGUCAGCUUCUUCUCUCAGGUCAUGGCCAUUACCAAGCGCCAGACUAUCCUCAAGUUCCAGGACAAGUUUGGUGUUUACACCGGCUAUGCCACAUCUCUCAUUAUCGCCCUCAUUGUCGGCUCCGUCUACUUCCGUCUGCCUACCUCGGCCUCUGGUGCCUUCACCCGUGGCGGUCUGCUCUUCCUUGGUCUUCUGUUCAACGCUCUUACUUCGUUCUCCGAGCUUCCCAGCCAGAUGAUGGGUCGUCCCAUCCUCUUCCGUCAAGUUGGUUACCGAUUCUACCGCCCGUCCGCCUACGCCGUUGCCGCUGUCGUCUCCGACGUUCCAUUCAACGCAUCCAACAUUUUCCUGUUCAGUAUCAUCCUCUACUUUAUGGGUGGUUUGGUCUCGAACGGUGGCGCUUUUUGGACAUUUUACCUGUUCGUCCUCAUCACCUUCUUGGUCAUGGCCGGCUUCUUCCGUACCCUCGGUGUCGCCACGCAGGACUACAACGUCGCAGCUCGUCUUGCGUCUGUCCUCAUAUCCCUCAUGGUAACUUACACCGGAUACAUGAUCCCAGUUUUCCGGAUGAAGAGGUGGCUGUUCUGGCUGUACUACCUCAACCCCCUGUCGUACGGCUACGAGGCGAUUUUCGCCAACGAAUUUUACCGAAUUGACAUGAUUUGCGACAACAACUACAUCAUCCCACGCAACAUCCCUGCUGCCAAUGUCACUGGCUUCCCCGACACGGUCGGCCCCAACCAGCUCUGCUCGAUUGCUGGCUCUGUGGCGGGCCAGUCUCUCGUCACCGGCUCGCAGUACAUGUACGAUGGCUUCCGCUUCGAAAAGGCCCACAUGUGGCGCAACUUUGGCAUCCUCAUUGGCUUCUUCCUCUUCUUCAUGUUCCUCCAGAUGCUCUUCAUGGAGACGCUGCAGAUGGGUGCCAGCCACCUCUCGAUUGUGGUGUUCAAGAAGGAGGACAAGGAGCUCAAGGAGCGCAACGAGCGCCUCGCCGCGCGUCGCGACGAAUUCCGUGCCGGCAAACUCGACCCCGACCUCAGCGCCCUUUCCAUGGCUCCUUCCCCCUUCACUUGGGAGAAGCUCCACUACACUGUCCCUGUUCCCGGCGGUCAAAAGGUCCUCCUCAACGAUGUUUACGGCUACGUCAAGCCUGGUACCCUCACCGCUCUCAUGGGCGCCUCGGGUGCCGGAAAGACCACCCUUCUCGACGUUCUCGCUGCCCGUAAGAGCAUUGGUGUCAUUGGUGGCGACAUUCUCAUGAACGGUCGCCCCAUCGAUGUCUCGUUUGCUCGUGGAUGUGCGUACGCCGAGCAGCUCGACGUCCACGAGUGGACCGCCACAGUCCGUGAGGCGCUCCGCUUCUCCGCCUACCUCCGUCAGCCCCAGCACGUCCCCAAGGAGGAAAAGGAUGCCUACGUCGAGGACAUCAUCGAGCUCCUCGAGCUCCAGGAUCUCGCUGACGGCAUGAUCGGUUUCCCCGGCUACGGUCUGUCGGUUGAGGCCCGUAAGCGUGUCACCAUUGGUGUCGAGCUCGCUGCCAAGCCCGACCUCCUCCUCUUCCUCGAUGAGCCUACCUCGGGUCUUGACGGCCAGUCGGCGUACAACAUUGUGCGCUUCCUCCGCAAGCUCACCGCUGCCGGCCAGAAGAUUCUCUGCACCAUCCACCAGCCCAACGCUCUCCUCUUCCAGUCGUUCGACCGCCUCCUGCUCCUCCAGCGUGGUGGCGAGUGUGUCUACUUUGGUGACAUUGGCCAGGACUCCAAGGUCCUCAUCGACUACCUCGAGCGCAACGGUGCCAAGGUCCCCGAGGACGCCAACCCUGCCGAGUUCAUGCUCGAAGCCAUUGGUGCCGGUUCGCGCAAGCGUAUCGGCGGUGACUGGCACGAGAAGUGGAAGAACUCGCCCGAGUUUGCGAAGGUCAAGGAGGAGAUUACCACCCUCAAAACCGAUGCCCUCGCCAAGCCCGUCGAGGACAAUGGCAAGCCGUCCGAGUACGCCACCAGCUUCAUGUUCCAGCUCAAGGUUGUCCUCGAGCGCACCAACGUCGCUCUUUGGCGCAACGCCGACUACCAGUGGACGCGUCUCUUUGCGCACAUUGCUAUUGCCAUGGUCGUCCUGCUCACGUUCCUCCGCCUCGACAACUCGUACCUCGCGCUCCAGUACCGUGUCUUCGCCGUCUUCUUCGCGACCAUUCUCCCCGCGCUGGUCCUCGCCCAGAUCGAGCCCCAGUACAUCAUGUCGCGCAUGACCUUCAACCGUGAGGCGAGCUCCAAGAUGUACUCGUCGACCAUCUUCGCCCUCACCCAGCUCAUUGCCGAGAUGCCAUACUCGGUUUUGUGCUCGGUCGCCUUCUUCCUCCUCCUCUACUACGGCGUCGGCUUCCCCGCUGCUUCGAGCCGCGCGGGAUACUUCUUCCUCAUGGUCCUGUUCACCGAGAUUUACUCGGUUACUCUGGGUCAGGCCGUCGCCGCGCUCUCGCCCUCGAUCAUCGUCGCCGCGCUGUUCAACCCCUUCCUCCUUGUGCUCUUCUCCGUCUUCUGCGGUGUCACGGCUCCUCCCGCUACCCUGCCUUACUUCUGGCGCAAGUGGAUGUACCCGCUCGACCCCUUCACCCGCCUCAUCUCGGGUCUCGUGUCGGUCGCGCUCCAGGACGUCCCCGUCAUCUGCAAGAACGACGAGUUCAGCCGCUUCCCCCCUCCCGUUGGUCAGACCUGCGCCGAGUACGCCGGCAAGUUCGCCGAAGUCAUGGGUGGCUACUUCCAGGACCCCAGUGCCACCGACAUGUGCAACUACUGCCAGGUCUCCAAGGGCCAGUACUUCUUCCGCAACCUCGAGAUCGACUUUAGCACGCGCUGGCGUGACUUUGGCAUCUACCUCUGUUACUCGGUCUUCAACAUUAUCGUCCUUCUCCUUGCCGCCCGUUACCUCAGGUGGCAGAAGCGAUAA